UCCUAUUGGCAACAUUCCUGGAUGUUUCUUCAAAGCGAUCAGACGUAAUUUUGAAUGAGAUCCCUUUAAAGGGUCAUGGAAUAGUGUUACGUACAAGCGACGCGCACCGUAAGGUGCUGCAGCACAAACAAAUAAUCAUGGCGUUUUUUCACAAUGAUGUUUCUACAUCCCCUUCGCUUUACUUGGUGGUUUGGGAAACACACAUCAAGCAAAAUCAUGGUCGACUGUCAAAUAAAUUUGGAGAAGUGGCUGGAAGAUGUCACUCUCUUCCAAAAUGAGCCCGAGGAAUUCCAUUUCGACUUCAGUGAAUUGUUAGGCACUCCGAAGGCAAGUAAUGAAGUGAAGCAAGUCAAUCCUGGCCUGCCUGACUUAGGCUGGCUGGAUGAGAAAGUUGACUUGUCUGUCUUCGACAACCCUAAUAAUUUGCUGCUUCAUCCGAAUGAAGCGGAAACGUUGAUGUUAGAGGAUGCGGCAAAUAUCUUAUUCGGCUUAGUGGACGGCAAUGCCAACUUGGACACUUCUAACUUGCCUUCUGAUGCCUUUAAAAUUGAUGAAAAUGAAAUCUUCAAAGAUCUCGAGGUUCCUGAUUUUCAAACUUCGUUUGGAUCACCACAAAUUUCAGAAUCACAUCUUGCUUCUCCAGGCAUCAGCUCGCUGCAAGUAAAUUCACCUUUCUUUUCCACCCCUGUUCCAUCGCCGACCAACACAUCGUCUGUUUUCUCGGAUGCAUCGUUCGAUGUAUCGGAAGCUUCCCCGGCCCCCUCGGAUGACACCUCAGACUGGCUACCAUAUGAAGAUAAAUCUUUUGAGAAGACUACCCCCGAAGUAUUCGUUACUGUCUGCGAUGAUGUCUCUCAGGAUACGUCGGAUUUCGAGCCAGCCAGCUUAGAGGAGAUUUCUAAAUCGGUAAGGAAAAGAAAAUAUGUAAACAAUGGAAAAGAAAUACCCAAGAUUCGUAUUAUAAUGAAAGAUUCCCUCCAACCAUACAAAAUUCCUCCAUCGAGAACGAAGGAUCGACGUGAAAGGAAAAAAGUUCAGAACAAAGAGGCUGCUGCAAGAUAUCGCAUUAAGAAGAGAAUGGAAGAGGACUUGCUAUCCACUGAGGUCAUGGGUCUUGAAACUGAGCAGAAAAAAUUAAAGGAGAAGUGUGAUGGACUUCAGGCUGAAAUUAAGUAUUUAAAAUCCCUUAUGCGAGAAAUCCUGGAGAAGCGAGGAGUUUUAAAAUAAUUUUUUUAUUCUCAUUUUUCUCAUAGAUUAGGACUCAUUUUUGUAUUAUAGUUACAAUGUAGCAAUUCAUUUCUAGACAAAUAGCAUUGGGCUCACCAUAUUGUAUACCAAACCACCUUUUUUUAUGUAUUUCUUAUUUACAAAUAUAGAUAAUUAAAUAUCUAAAUUGUCUUCUGCCUCA